UUGUUGUUGUUGUUGUUGUUGUUGUUAUUGGUGUUGUCGCAUGGAUGUUCACUCGGGAGUAGAUGCAUAUGUGGCAGAGUCGAUGCUAAGGGGGAGAAGAGUCAUCCGCAGGGGGAUAGAGCGCAUGGGAUGGGGCAUUGUUGCAGUCUUUUUUGCAGUGUGAGAACAUAAAAAACUCCACUUUUCUUUUUUCUUUUCUUUCAUCACUCAUCGCUUGAAGGAAUGAAAGAGCAAAACACAUAGCCAUAUAUCCAAUUGAAACCAACUUCUCUUUCUCUUUCUCUCACUUUCUCCUUCUCUUUCACUUUCACUUCCAACAGACCAACUAACCAACCGACCAUCCCCAGCAACAAGAGACAGGACAUUCACCAUGCAGCGAUUUUUGAAUGGCGGCCGCAACCACCCCCCUCCCAACAUGAACAAGCCCUUGCCAGAGCCACUCGUCGACCCAGAUGAGGGAAAGACCCCUAUCGGCGAGCUCGUGAUUGUUCCUAUUCAAGGAAAGGACCUCCCUAACCGCGAGAGAUUCGGCAAGCAAGACCCCUUCAUCCUCUUCAAGCUCGGAAAUGUCAGCAAGAGAAGCUCAACAGAUAUCCGCGGUGGACAGAGACCGCGGUGGAAGGACGAUCAGAUCAACAUUUUCAUGUAUCAGAGCGACGCCAAGGAUGCCACAUCGCUUUAUGUUACUUGUCUGGAUGAAGAUCCGCAGAAGAACGAUCUGAUCGGUGAUUGUGUCAUCAACCUUGCCAAGGUCCUGGAGCAAGGAGAACACGAUGACUGGUUCGAGCUAUCGUUCAAGGGAAGGGAGGCAGGCGAACUCAUGCUUCAGCUGACAUAUUACUCCCAUGACCCGAAGCACCCGACCAACAAGAUGAACCGCCCUCCGCCUGCAACACCCACGAAUGGUGCGCCUGCACGUCGGCCUAUCCAUCCAGUCAAGGAGUCAAAGAAGGCGGACGAAAAGCCAGUAGAGGACGAGCAUGUGGAUGAGGGGCCCGUAUACAAGCCCCCUGUGGUCUCUGAGCCCCCAACCCCCCAGGUGCCCAUGGUGCCUGCAGCAGCAUAUCCAUACGGCACUUUGCCGACAGGAGCAGGACGUCCAGUGUCACCCUCAGCUCAGGGCCACUAUGUGAGCCAUCCUACGCCCCACGUGCCACCAGCGGUCCCAUAUGGACACCCUGCAGCAGCCAAUCCCUAUGGAGCCAACCCUGCUGCCUACCCCGGAUAUCCCACUGCGGGUGGAGCUCCUGCGUAUCCUGACCCUGCUCUCGGAGCGGAUCCCAGCAAACGCGUUUCGUUCCCAGGACAGCCAGUACAGGCGGGUGGGUUUUUGCCCACAGUAUAUCCACCCCAUUCCCCUGGAUUCCCGCCUCAGGCGCCAGGCCAGGCACCAGUAGCAGGAGCAUAUUCGCCUGCAUUUCCACCGCACUCUCCAGGCUUCCCACCAAACGGGCCAUAUCCGCCUGUCUCGAAUGCCAACGUGAACUCACCUUACCCGCCCGCUCAGCUGUUGCCGAAUAACCAGGGCAUGCCCAACAACGGACCACCAGCAGGAUAUCCGUUUGCGGCCCCCGGCGGUGUUUACCCCCCCAACAGCAACAGCAGCAACAACAGCAAUGGUAGCAAUGGCAGCGGGCCAGGUUUCCCAGGACAGCAGCAAGGAUUCAGUCAGGGCGGACCUGGUUUCCCCACGGGACCUGGAAAUAACAGCUUCCCUGGAGCCUUCCCCGGAAACAACAAUAACAACAGCGGCAAUAACCAUCCAUAUAACAAUAAUGGUGGCAACAUGGACAGCCAUAGCAAUGGCAAUCUGAACAACAUGAACAACAACGGCGGUUUCAACAACGGCGGCAACAACUUUAACAAUAACAGCAACUUCAACAACGGCGGCAAUAACAACAACAACAGCUUCAACAACGGAGGCAGCAACUUUAACAACAACAAUAACGGUGGCAAUAACUUCAACAGUUUCAACAACAACGGCAACAACUUUAACAACAACUCGAACAACUUCAACAACAACGGCAAUAAUUUCAACAAUAAUAACAGCAAUGGAGGCAAUUUUAGUAACAACAACAACUUCAACAACAACGGCGGCAACAGCUUCAAUAAUAACAAUAACAACAAUAGCGGGUUCGGCAACAACAACAACAACGGCGGCGGUUAUUCCAGUGCAACGUUCACAAAGCCGAACACGAUCUCGCCGACGCCAAUACCUGCUGCGAUUGUAAAGCAGCCAACGGUCAUGUUCAGACCAGAUGAGUUUUAGGCAGCCAUUGGGACCUGUUUGCUGGACAAGGGUCAAGAAGUCCUGCUAUUGAGCACCAUCCAAAAUAUUCAACCAAUUUUAAAUAGCACCAAUAAAAAUAAAAAAUAAAAAAAAAGUUUUUUCUAGCGUC